AUGGGGAAGUCGAAAAGAAGUACAGAUGAUGAGGAGGAAGGAGUUCUCCUCGCGACCGCCAGUAAGGUUCUGAGAGUGUUCAGGGCAUGCUUGGGAAACUUCUCCUUCGAUAAGCCACCAGAACCUGCUUCUGAGGUGGUGGAGCUGUUGCAAGACAUGAAAAUCACACCCCGCUUGGUGAUGCAGUUCUUCAAGACUUUCAAACGGCUUAAACGGUUCGACUCCAUCACCCUACGGGUUGGGCCUGAUGAAGUUAGCACCGCGAGCAUGACCAGACUGGUCAAGAACCAUCGACAGUGGGUCGCCAAGAUCAUGAUACUGCUACUCGAUCUGGCCGGCUACAAGGACACAGUCACAUGGGACGGCUUCCUCUAUGUCACGAUGCAGUUUUGUGCCCUCUCCAAGCUCGAGCUAUGUCAGGUCAUGUUUUAUGUUGUGUGCAAAGAGAUGAAAAGCUGGACAGUUCACUACCUUACCAGCAGUCAGCUGGAAGAGUUCUACGAUGACUACUACACCUGUCCUGUUCAUGCAUUCAACACGAAUUCGAUCAACUUCGCCAAGUUGCCAUUGGCAAAGUUCCGAAUGCAAGACUUCAUCGAGCUCUGCUACAGGUAUAGCCAGCUCAUCAAUCCCUGUAUGCACUUGCAGAGAUCAUUGCAGCAGUCCUUGCCUUCACUUCGCUUCUGGUCGAACUAUGAUAAGAUCAAGGUGUACAAUCGCCGAAUCACCAUUGACUUUUUCCGCUUCCAGAAAGUCACAAGCCUAUUGGAACUGAUGCGACGACACGCUGGCACCGGCGUUGGGCCGGUGCAGCAGCACCGCCUUAACGUCAUGGAGCAGUUUAUGGUGCUGGAGAAGUCCAAUCCAGGUUUCAAGGACGACAUUGAGAAGUUCAAGGCUGCUGUAUUGAAGGCGAUGGAAAAGUGUCGACCCACUAAAAGCGGACUUCUGCCGCUGCCCAUGGGAGUGCAUCCUCCGGCCAAGGUCAGACUUGUCAGGGAAAUGCGCUUGCCGGAGUGGAUGCAUCGCCACCUCGAGACCAAUCAGGCACCAGGAGUGCAUGGAGGGCAUGCCUUGGGGCACGCUGCCCAACUUGAAGCCAACAAUCAAGAAAAAGUCAUCCCAUCAAUGGCAAGCUCAUCGAUGCCAAGGUCUGUCGAAGAGGCAGAAGCCCUGGUGCGUUCGACGUUUGGUGAGAUUGCAUCGAGAAGCAAAGUGAAGCAAAUAGCUGCCAACCUCUUUCAGCACGCAGCCAAGCCACCGAGUGAAGACAGCAGGUUGAAGUCCGUCGUUCGAAGCCAGGAGCUGGAGUUCAUUCGCAUGAGUCGGCAAGACGUUGAGCCUCCUAACCUUGUUCGGACAAUGCAGAGGUUGUUCCAGGAAGAGCUUAUGGACAGAACUCCCAAAGAAGCUGCCAUAUGA